AUGUACAAUCCGUACCAGCAGCAGCAGGCGGGAUUUGCUCCCCAGCAGACGGGGUUUGCUUAUGCAAACCAACCGUCACAGCAGCCGCAGCAGUCUCAGUCUCAACUUGCUAACCAGGCUACGGGAUUCUACCAACCGCAAUUGCAGCAACAGACACUUUUCGCUUCGUCGCAAUUCCAGCCCCAGACUUCGUUUGGCACUGUAGCUUCUAUCCAGCCACAACAAACGGGCUACAUUCAGACGCAACCUACCGGUUUUGCAUCCCAAGGCAUUGCGGCGCCCACGGUAGUGGAAAACAGCAGUUUGAAGAUCCCCAGCAUUAGGUUGUCGUUUAUCACUGCUGAAGACCAGAAGAAGUUUGAACACUUGUUCCGUACGGCCGUUCCCAAGGGAGAACAGGCCAUCAAUGGGGACUCGGCCUCGACCAUUCUUUUGAGAUCAGGACUUACUCCUGUGACUUUAGCCGAGAUCUGGUCGCUUUCUGAUACCAACAAGCUGGGUUCAUUGCUUUUUCCUGAAUUUGCCUUGAGUCUUCACCUCUGUAGUAUGGCCAAACGGGGAGAACCUCUUCCGGGCUACUUGCCUGAAAAAUGGGCCAAUGAAGUGAAGUCGUUUGUGGAUGCCAUCUCCUUCUCGGUGCCAGAGGAUCCUGAUAAGAUCUUGGCCAAUACGCCAUUUGCCAGUUUCUCGGGAACAAACACGCAGGACGAUUGGUUGAGCAACUUGAACAAUCAGACCAAUUCUGCGGCAGCCACUUCCAAUUUUGGUGCUCCUGGAUUCACUUCGUUUCAGCCACAGGCCACGGGAUACGGAGGGGGACUUCCACUUGCUUCGCAAAGAACAGGACCCGGCUUGGCUUCUAUUGGAACUACGUCUUUCUCGGCUCCUACAGCUCCCACAGCUCCCACAGCUGCUCCAUUGGCUUCUCAAAGAACAGGAGGAGGUACAUUAAUCCCAUUACAACCUCAGCAGACUGCUGGUUUGAUUCCAGCACAAAAAACUGGUCCUUUAAAUGGUUUUCCACAGCAAUUGCAACAGCAAUCUACCGGUUACCAGCCCCAAUUACAACAAUUGCAGCAACAGUCUACUGGUUACCAGCCCCAAUUGCAACAAUUGCAGCAACAGUCUACUGGUUAUCAGUCUCAGUUAUUGGCUCAAAGGACUGGACCUUUGCAAUCGCAAUCGACUGGCUUCCAGCCUGCUCCACUUCAAUCGCAGCCUACAGGAAGGCCUGGUGAAUGGGGCUUUGUCCAUACUCCCACAGGUGGUAUUCCUGGCUUGAACGCUAUGCAGCAGCACUUUUUACCAAACGCCGAUCUACCUACAAACAACUUGCAAAACCAAAUGGGCGGCGAUUUGAAGUCGAAUGUGACCUGGGCUAUUACCAAGCAAGAGAAGCUGAUUUACGAUGGCAUCUUUCAAGCUUGGGAUACCACCAGAAGAGGGUACAUUGACGGAGAUGUCGCUUUGAAUGUGUUCAGCAAGUCUGGCUUAAGCAGACCCGACUUGGAGUCGAUCUGGACGUUGGCCGAUACGAGCGAUAGAGGCAAAUUGAACAAGGACGAGUUUUCCGUAGCUAUGCAUUUGGUUUAUAGAAGAUUGAACGGGUUGGAUAUUCCUUUGAGAUUACCUCCAGAAUUGAUUCCUCCUUCGAACAAGUACUUGCAAGACUCGAUGGAUACAAUGAAAAACUCAUUGAGAGGUGGUGUUAACAACAAGAGCUAUUCUGGUGGCAAACAAACAAAGUCAGAUGGAACCAGAUUUAAGAAUGAUGAUGAUGACUUUGGCUAUGUGUCAAAUGCCCGCCACAGAAGGAGAAGCACUGCUACUGAUAAUGGACCAAAGAGUAUCAAAAGCUCGUCCGACUCCGAUUUGUCUGUAGAAGACUUGAAGAAAUUGAUUCGUGAAAAAAGAAUCUUGAUCGAUGCACUUGAUGCCGAAGACCAAGAUGCUGUCUUGAACAAGAAGAAGGAGUCUCAACACAACAUUGACAUUAUUGAGAAGUUAAAGAGUCAGAUUAAGGAUGUUCAAGCCAGUCUUAACAGCAAAGGAUUGGAUGCACCUAUUGAGGAAAAGAAGCAGUUGCUUGGUGUUUUGAACAGUUUGACUAGAGAUAAAGUUCCAAACUUGAUUUCAAACAUCUACAAAGUACACAACGAUAUUGCCAAGGCUAAGGUAGAACUAUUGAAGGCCAAGUUAUUGAAGCAGAAUCCUAGCUGGAAUCCUGAUAGUAACGAAUCAGAGAUCCAAGGUACAGGGCCUAAUGGCGAAGUCACUGAGCUUGAUAGAAGAAAGUUCCAAUCAAAGCAGUUGUUGAAGCAGAGAAUGGCUGCUUUAACAGGAAGAACUUCCAAUUCUGGUUCCAACGCCGAUUUGGACUUACAAUUGAAACAGGAAUCUGAAAAGGCAAAGUCUGAAAGCAUAAACCAGUCUAAUAUCGUUAAGGAUAUUGAAUCCAGUAUCAAGGAGUUAGAAGAUGGUUGUGCUACUCAUUUGCAAACAAGUGCUACGGAAGAAUCUGGCUCUGAAAAGUGGGAAAGAGGACAAGGAAUAUCUGCAGAAGUUGCCGCUUUUGUUAGAGAGUUGAAUUCUUUUGCUGAAAGUCAACGUAGAAACAUCGCUGCUCAGAAUUCAUCUUCUCUUGAAUCAUCCACUGUGUCUUCAACGGCGGAAGUCUCUCAACCUGCAAGUUCUGUUUCUUCUCAGCCAGUUUCUGCUUCUUCAUCUUAUAGAACUCCUGAAGAGAGAGCUGCCUACAUCAAGGCCCAAGCUGAGAAAAAGAUGAAUGAAAGAUUAGCCAAGUUAGGCAUUUCUCGUAGCAGAAAUGCUACGAUAGCUGAGCCAAAUCCACCUACUAAAGUGGAUGCUCAACCAGCUACCCCACCAGUUGCUCCAGCCGUUGUUGAAUCUGCGGCUGUUUCUCCUCCUGUAAAGAAACAACCUCCUCCAGUUCUGCCACGUUCUGUCAGAGUAGAACAGCAGAAGCCUGCGCCACCUGUCGAUUCAUCGUCUGAUGAUGACGACGAAGAAUAUGCUGCUAUUUUAAAACAAAAGCAGCAGUUGGAAGCUAAGGAAAAAGAACGCAAAUUGGCCAAACAGAAACAAAAACAGGCUCGUCUUGACAAGAUUAAGAAGGAAAUGGAAGAAAUCAAGCGGAGGCAAGCUGAAGCUGAAGCUGAAGAAGAUUCUGACGAGGAGCCUUCUUCCGUUCCCACAUACACUGUUUCCAACAGUGCUCCGAAAGCUGUCGCAAAGACAGCAGAGGAUCCUGUAGUCGAACCUGUAAUUGCAAAAUCUGUUGAACAAGAAGCUGUUCCAGACCAGGUGGCUGCUCCUAAGGCUCACGAGAGUAACCCUUUCUCAAAGGUGCAAGCUACACCAACAGGUAACAGCACUAACCCAUUCUUCAAGCCCACUACCAAGGAGUCUACUAUUGACCCAAAGAAGGCUGCUGCACAAAGAGCAUCGCAGAGAGGACUUUCCAAGAACGAUGGCUGGAGUGAUUCUGACGAUAACGAAAGUGAAGAUGAUCAGCCAAAUAGAGCAGGUGCCGCUCAGUUGGCCAGUUUGUUAUUCGGAGGAAUGGCCCCAAAAUCGAAGGAGUCAACUCCUCAGCAAACUCCUCAACAGGAAAAGACUGAAAGUGAAGCCUUGAGCAAAUCAGUAAGCACUUUGAAGGAUCCUUCUGGUUCUGACGAUGAGUUUUCCACCCCUCCACCAGAUGCUCCUUCUCAACAGACAGUUGCUCCUCCUAUUCCAACUGAGGUUCCUCCAAUUCCAACAGGAGCUCCUCCAAUUCCAACAGGAGCUCCUCCUAUUCCAACCGAAGCGCCUCCUAUUCCUGUAGGGGGUCCAUCUUCUUUUGCUCCUCCACCACCACCACCACCUCCUCCUCCACCUGGCCCUCCACCUAUCCCUAAUGCUCCAUUUGGUGCACCACCACCUCCACCACCACCACCUGGCCCUCCACCACCAGUAUCAAACGGGGUGACAGCUCCACCAGUCACUGCUGACAUUGGUGCCUUGUUGGGACAAAUUCAAGGUGGUAAAUCAUUGAAAAAGGUUGACGCAAGUCAACAGAAGAUUUCCAGUAAUGAUUUAGCCGGAACUGUUUUGUCAUAA